AUGAGUGAACGAAGGAUCCUUGGGUCGUGGAAUGUCUGUAUUCAUGGCGGUAUGAGAGCUGCCGCCCUGCAUCUGCUGCUCGUGGUGGCAGCUGUGCGCCCCUUCUCACCCACAGACCCGGUCCGUUUGGACGUGGACCCGCCGGUGGCACCGCAUGCCGGCCGGCCCUGGUUCCAGCGCGACGCCACCCGGAACGUGACGGCGCUUCUCGGCCGCAGUGCCUACCUCAGCUGCCGCGUCUGCGCGCUCGGCAACCGCACCCUCUCGUGGGUGCGCCUGCGGGACGUGCACCUGCUCACCGUGGGCGAGAGCACGUACACGAGCGACGAGCGCUUCCGAGCGCGCCACUCGCCGCGCUCGCACGACUGGACCCUGCAGGUCAAGUUCGUGCAGCACCGCGAUGCCGGCAUGUACGCCUGCCAGAUCAGCACCUCGCCGCCCGCCUCCUACCCCGUCCACCUGACCGUCAUAGGUGAGUGA